CUGGUCAAUGACUCUCUCUGUUCUCUAAUCUGUCGCUCUGCAACAAUUGACAGCAACACUAACACUACUUCAUCCAUCAUCGACCAAUCAUUUCAUUUUCCCUGCAUAAUCGAUCAAACUCAACACUGAUUCUCCUUAACUUUCUCGAAACAACAUAAUUUUUUAUCCAAAAAAAAAAAAAAAAAGCACACAAGAUGGCUAGAUGUUUCAGCUUCACUGCUUCGCGUGACAGGUGCUUCCGCUACUCCUUCUCGAACGCGGGUCUCAAAUCCACCACCACAGAUCUCGGCGAUGGCACCAUUAUGCAUUGCUGGGUCCCCAAGACCCACAACGAUUCCAAGUCUUCCCUCCUUCUCAUCCACGGUUUCGGAGCCAACUCAAUGUGGCAGUGGAGCGAGUUUAUUUCCCCACUCACACACCGCUUCAACGUCUACGUUCCAGACCUCGUUUUCUUCGGGGAAUCCUACACGACCCGACCCGAAAGAUCCGAAUCAUUCCAGGCCCACUGCGUCAUGGGUCUCCUUGAGGCUCACGGGGUCCGGAGAAUGAGCGUUGUCGGCAUAAGCUACGGCGGGUUCGUGGCGUACAGCAUGGCGGCGCAGUUCCCGGAGAGUGUGGAGAAGGUUGUGCUGUGUUGUGCUGGGGUGUGCUUUGAAGAGAAGGACAUGGAUGAAGGGAUGUUUAAGGUGAAGAGUGUUGAUGAAGCUGUGAGUAUUUUGCUUCCGCAAACGCCAGAAAAGAUGAGGCAGCUUCUGCAGCUCACGUUUGUUAAGCCUAUCAAAGUCAUGCCAUCUUGUUUCAUCAAUGAUUAUAUUGAUGUGAUGUGUACGGAAAACUUCCAGGAGAAGAAAGAACUAAUUGAAGCAUUACAUAAGGAUAGAAAACUGUCUGAUCUUCCUAAGAUAACCCAGCAUACACUAGUAAUUUGGGGAGAACAGGACCAGGUAUUUCCACUGGAAUUAGCUCACAGACUGAAAAGGCUUCUGGGAGAGAAGGCACAGCUAGUUGUUAUUAAGAAUGCAGGGCAUGCACUCAAUGUAGAGAAGCCCAAGGAGCUUUACAAGAAUUUUAAAUCCUUCCUCAUUGAUCCCAUUACUCCAUCUUUGCAAGAAAACCAUAGUAAUGGUAAUGGUCGCAAGGUGGACUAG